AUGGGUGGCUUCAAGGGAGUCACCUUGGUCAAUACACUCUUGAAUAAUAGUCAGUUUGUUGUUGAGCUCCUUUUUUUGCUUGAAGAUAUCCCCGAAGGUGUAUUUGUUCCAGCCCCAGACGUUUCUUUUGACCAAGUUGGGCUUUUGGUCAAUCUUGAACAUAGGAGUACCAGCAUUUGUGCUAUUCCAAAGGAGCAAGGGGUUGUGGUCAGAGACCGUUCUGGGGAGGGUAGUGAGCUUCAAGGCUGGAUCAAUUCCCGAGUUGCCCGAGAUGAGAAAUUUGUCAAUUUUAUGUUAGAUUGCUGUGGACCUGGUAGCAGAGUAAUUGUAACCACUCCUGACCGCCAUAUCCUAAACUUGAGGAUGCCCCCUGAAAACAUUUAUGAAUUGCAAGGUCUUCGGGAGGAUGAAGCUUUAGAGUUAUUUUGUUGGCAUGCAUUUAAGCAAGCAAAUCCAUAUGACUCUUUCCAAAACCUAACCACUAAGAUUAUCAAGGCUUCUGGUGGGAUUCCGCUUACAUUAGAAGUUCUAGGUGGAUUUUUAUCUGGCAGAGAGACCGGUGAUAAAUGCUGGAUAGAAGCACUUAGAAUGCUUGAGAAUCUCAAUGAUCCAGAUAUAUUUGAACCCUUGAAGAUCAGUUAUGACUCUCUUCUUCCAUCGGAGAAAGAGAUAUUCCUAGACAUUGCAUGCUUGUUCAUUGGCCAAGACAUAGAAGAGCCAUCUAUCUUCUGGGAAGAAUUGGGCUUAGAUGUAGGCAUAGCCCUCCGCAAUCUUCAGCACAAAUUACUCAUAAAGAUUGAUAUUGACAAUAAGUUCAGAAUGCAUGAUCUUUUACGAGAUUUAGGAAGACGUAUAGUGGUAGAUGAAUCUUUAGGAAACCUCGGCAAGCGAAGCAGACUGUGGAAGCAGCAGGAUGUGGAAAAAGUAAUUAAUGAGAAACGGGGUACCGAGAAUAUCAAGUAUCUCCUACACGCACCAGAAGGAGAUGGAACCAGAACCAGAUUGAAAAAGAAUAGUUUAGCUUCAAUGAAUUGUCUGCGGUACCUUUGUUUCAGGGAUACCGUACUAAAGGAAAGUGAUAGAAGCAAAUUAUCACCGGAUUUGAAAUGGUUAGACUGGAAGCGGUGUUCACUGGAAGUCUUGCCGCAGCAAUGGAACCUUCACCAGCUAGCUAAUCUUGAUCUGAGUUCCAGAAGCAUUUCCCAUGGGAGCGACUUACGAUUCUCUGUCAAGCAGUUGUGGAAUGAACAAUCACAUCGGAAACCUGUCAUUGUUAGCGAAACUGGACCGAGAGUCUUGUCUGAUGGUUACUUUACCUCCAUUAGUAGGUCAUCUCAAACACCUGCUCUGCCUCAAUAUGAACAGCUGUGA